GGCCUCUCCGUGGAUUUCUCUGGAGAUGUUGCCAGCUGUGAUCAUUCUCGCCUGUCUGCCUGUCCUGGCUCUUCAUUGUGCAGCUGAUCUGUGCAAUUGGACUGGAAGCGGUUUUGCAGCUGGCGUUGACCGCAGGAUCGUUCUCCAGGUGCGGCUUCGCUGCACGGAAGGUCUCGUGAGCUGGGUCUACCCGGGUCAGGCUCUCAGAGUGGCGCUCGAGCCCAAUUUGUCGUCCAUCCGGUACAACACGGUCUGCAUCCAACCGUCUCCAUCCCUCAGCGGAGCCAGCGUUUUCAUUGAGCGGGCCGGAGAGCUGGACCUGCUGGAGACGGAGGACGGCGGGCGCACCGGGCGGCAGGUGUUUUGUUUUCGGGCGGAUGAGCCGCACAGUCCGGUCAUCUACCUCCAGGCCGGACCGCAAAGUCCAGGAACGUGGAUCAGACGCACAGUGGGCUUCAGAUAUGAGUUGCUGCGCAACAGGGGCGUCUACGCUUCAUGCCGACCCUGCAAUGACACAGAAUUGCUCAUGGCUGUUUGCAGCAGUGACUUUGUGGUUCGAGGCUACAUCAAGAAUGUCUUCCAUGACUCUAGAAGGCAGUCAUCACUAGUGGAGGUGUUGACAACAAAGGUUUACUGGCAGCGUAGUGGAGUGUUUGUGCAACAAAUGCGUCCAUCUAUGUCCCCUCAGUCCUGGCAUGGACACAUCCGGACGCUCCUGCAGUGCCACGUAAAGCCUGGGGACGGACAGUUCCUCUUCACAGGGUCAGAGCACUUUGGGGAAGCUUGGUUAGGGUGCGCCCCACGCUACAAAGACUUCCUCUCCGUCUACCACAAGGCCAGGAUAGGACGAAGGACUUCCUGCGACUUCCCUCUGGACUGAAGAGGUGUGUGUUUUUUGGACCCAAAUGAACUCUGUAAUGGCACUGCGGGAACCUUGUAAAGCUGUCAUGUGCCAACAAGGUGGCAUCAAGGUUCAGCAGCAGGGACACAACUGUUGAAAUGCUGCUGAGAAACACAUGUGGAGGAGAAGAACAGCAGGGCCUCCUGAACUGGGGCUCAGAACGUGGCCGCCUUUGUCUGUCUCCAAUCACUGCCUUUAGUCCUGGCAGACUUACGAGGGGUUGGGUUGCUGCUCUCUUUUUAAGCUCUCCUCACAUUAGCUGUUGUUCACUUUGCGGUCUCUGUGCAAACGGUGCUCUAUGAUCUGAGGAGGGAGGGAAGACAAAGGUGGGCUAUUUGUCCUCACAGCUUGGCUUUGUGAGUUUAGGCUUGUACACACAUAUGCCUGUAUAAGUUUAUGUUAUAUUGUUUCCCAUCAUAACAAUUUAGCUUAGUUUUAUUUGUU